UCAACAACCUGAAAAUUAGGGGAAAUCGUCAGUAUAACGAACGUGGGCGGUACACGGGCACUACAGGUGGUAGGCCACCACCUCCUGCACAUCUGGGCAUCGGUGUGGUGCAUCCAAAGGCAAUGGAAUUCGUGCCAAAGGAGCAGCUCUAUGGCAAUGUGGUGCACAAUGCUCUGCAGAUGCAGAAGCAGCCGCUUGUUGCUGGGGUUUGGCCUAACCAUGACAAUAACCAACAGAUUGGUGUUCUCCAAAACCCCAGGAACCAGCAGCUAGCCCUGCACCGGCAGCUCGCCCAGAACCAGCAGAUGUACCACUGCCAACCUGUUAAUCAGCAGCAGCCUAAUGGUAGACCUAUGGCCUACCACUCUCUACUGCAGCAGUCUGCUUUUGCCCAUAAUGACAUACCCUCCAAAUAUUGUAGAAGUUACGGAGAGGUUUUAGCAUUAUCCUAGCUUCUGAAAUCAUGCGCGUUAAGUGAAAAUUGGAACAAAUGACUGAAGACUGAACUAUGAAAAGUGUAAUUCCUUUACCAACCCAAAGUUUCCGGAACUUAUUUUUGUUUUGAUUUGUUUAAAAAAGAACCAACCUACAUAACUAUUACCUAGUUUUCAUCACCUGAAUCGUUUUGACUCAUAAAUAUACCAGAAUAACAUGUUUAAAACUUGAGGCUCAACUGUGAUGUAAGGCCUUCAACUAUGGGUGAAGAAACACAUAUACAAUACCCCAACUUCACUAAGUUCUGUAUUUAGGCCCCUGACGGCCGCCAUCUUGAAUUAAGGUACUUCCGAUUCCCGUAUCGACUUCCGGUACGCAUAUUCGUAUUCAGCGACCCCUAAAACAAAGGAAACGAUAUGUUGCCGGGCCAUAUCGAUGCAUUGUAAGAAAAACGUCAUGUAGGCCCUUACUUCCCGACGCAAAAUAUUCUGUAAGUUCUGAUUUUGUUUUUAGUUUGUCAUGACGAACACAAACGUACUAGUCGCGACCUUUUGCUAAUAGGUCGCUGCAUGUUCGUCAAGGUACGUCAAAAGUGCGCAUAUGUUUCACCUUACACCAUCUGCCAAACUGAAAGCGAACAAAGGUCGCUUUCCUGAUGGCGUACCUAGGUCGCUACUUGUUCGCCAUCAGUUUGCCUUUAGAUCC